CCAAAAAAAAAAAAAAAAAAAAAAAAAAAAUAGAAAAGAAAAGUGAAUGUUUUUUACACCAUGAAUCGAAAAAAUUCUGCCAAUAUUUAAAUACAAGAACACAUAUCCAUAAAAAACACACACAAAACUUCGAUUCGAUGGCAUUAGCAGAGUAUUUACCGAAGCUGGUUCGUAUUCCCCACUACCUACCUAUCACAAGUGUAAGUAUAGGUAGUUCGAUAUACAUGUGGAAUGAUUUUCGAACCAGUCUGUAAUUUUUCCAUCUAUCAUUGCUCAUGAAAAUCACAAAUCGUCAAUGUAACAAUAACUAUUAUGAAUAUGAUGUGGGUCAUGUUGAAUUAUUUGUUUGGGUGAGAUGUUAACGACUACCGCUAACAUUUACCUAUCCGAUCAUAUCUGGCAAUCGGUUUAGUUCAUUAGAUGAUAAGGGUUCUACUAACAAGUGCUGUGUUAUGUACCUCUAUGUAGAAUGAUCGAGUCAUAGUGUUCAUUUAGUUGCGAGCAGAUUUUAAUCAAAUUUUUUUGCUUUUUACUCUUCUUGUGUAACGUAAAUGUUCCCGAGUUGAAUUUUUUCUUUUAAAUUUAAUUUUUAACUUUAAAACGAUAGAAAUAAUGGAUAUGCAAUAUUUAAAUAAAACUCGCUCAAUAGUUGCUAAAAUGAAUGACUUUUAUAAUUGGUCACAUUCCUUAUCAGAUAAUAGAACGAAGGGAUGGCUAAUGGUUGAUUCACCUAUACCAACGAUUAUGUAUACAAUUUUAUAUUUAAUUAUUGUCUAUGUGGGUCCCCGAUUAAUGAAGAGUCGGAAACCGUUCAAAUUGACUUGGGCACUCAUUCCUUAUAAUUUAGCAAUGGCGUUGCUUAAUUUUUAUAUUGCUUAUGAGUUACUUGUUGCAUCUACACGACUCAAAUAUAGCUACGUUUGUCAACCUGUUACUUAUGUUAACCAUAAAGAAGAGUUAAGGAUAGCAAACGCGGUCUGGUGGUAUUAUUUUUCAAAAUUACUCGAAUUCUGCGAUACAUUUUUCUUUAUUUUAAGGAAAAAAGAUAAACAGCUCACAUUUUUACACGUAUACCAUCAUUCUACCAUCUUUUCUCUAUGGUGGAUCGGUAUUAAAUACGUACCAAGUGGUUCGACGUUCUUCCCUGCAAUGGUCAAUAGCUCAAUUCACGUUCUCAUGUACACUUAUUACGGAUUGGCCGCGAUGGGACCAUCGAUUGCGAAAUAUUUAUGGUGGAAAAAAUAUUUGACGAUGCUUCAAUUGAUUCAAUUUACCACAGCUUUAAUAUUAGGAGUGAAUGGAAUUCGUUCCGGUUGCAAGUUUCCUUUAUGGUUGCAAUACCUAUUGGUGGUUUACAUGUCUUCGUUCAUCGUUCUUUUCGGAAAUUUCUACGCUAAAGCGUACUUCAAACCGGGUAAAGAAAAAGCUGUCGAUAAUAACGCUAAUGAACGACUCGAAUCAGUUCCUAGUACUUCCAAAAAAUGGCAAUAAAAUGUUUAUUUUUUACUUAUUUAUUUUUUAGAGUAGCACAAGCAAAAAUAACUUUCUGUAGUUGAAACUUGUACGUUAUUUAUUUUAUUGUUAAAUUUUUAAGAUUUACAAUUUUCUUUAUGAUAAUAAUUUUCAAAAGUAUGGAGCAAAUAUAUUAUUUUAAAGUGUA